CACAGUCACCGCAAUCAUCGUACCUGCAUAUAUUCCAAGGCGAGCAACGACCAUACAUAUAUCAUCAAUCGCUCACCGGACUGGCUCGCAUGUCAUCGGGCUAGUUAACACCUGGGCAGCAUCCCAACCCGCGAUGGUUUUGGCUGUGUAGUAGUAUACCUCGACGACUUUCCAACGACACCACGGGAAGUAUAGAUAUCCACACACAUCGCCGGUUCGAAGAUACUAGAUAGUUCAUCGCCGCGGUCACUCCAUAUAUCUAGCAUGCCCAGGCGUGCCCAAAUUGGAUGCAUGCAGCGGCGUGCUUGAUGACACUCUCUACGCCUGGCACGAUUCUCCAUCCGGCGCCAUGGUGUUCACAACGACAAACCUCUUCAAGACCAUUCCAUGUCCAGAAGGCGUUAAAUGCUCUUUGACACAUUGCAUCUUUUCUCAUGACCCACAACCGAAGCAAGUCCAAGACAAACCUACAAGCGUCAUCUCGUCGCUGCCCGUGAAGGAAAGCGUCCCUUCACCUCGACUAGAGACUUCAGAACCGGCGACCAAACGUCGUAAAAUCACAUAUGGCAGUCUGGCGGAGAAACCAUUAAGCCGCGCCGAUCAAAUUCGCAACCAACUGGCGGCUGUUCGGUCAGGCGGCUCCAAUGCUGCUACACAUAAUUCCGCGACCGAAAAGGAACCCGCGAACAAUGCCGGCCAAACGACUGCACCUGCGACGUCGAGUAGGCCUAUUUCUCCCCCGAUAGUGUCAAAGCCUCGAACAACUCCAACUCCAGGCCAAACAGGGGCGCAUAAGCCAGCGUCUUCCAUUGUGGUCAAACCCGAAACCAAAGUAGAGAAUCUUAACCCCAGACUCAUUCCUCAUGAUCCCGCUGGCCACGCGAAGCGAUCACUCUAUCUCAAGCAUCUCCAUGGCGAGGUUGCUCGUCUUAACAGAGAAGUGGUCGGGAAAGUCCCCCAUGACUUGGAAGGCCAGCUCCCUUUGAGUGCACAAGCGGUAAUUAAACUUGUUCUUGACGAGGAAGAAAAGGUAGCCCGCGACCAGCCUUCGGUAUACGGGAAUGUCAUCAAGCAACGUCUGUUCCAACUCAAGAAGAUCUCCGUGGAAGAUUGGAUUACGCAGGUGAGAAGCGUCUUGCCGGCUUCGAAGUCGCAGGCAAGAUCAAAAGAUGAGAAACCCAUCGACACGCGCAUGAACUUGGAUGAAGAAGUGUUGAUCCUGCCGCAUCUCAUCACCGACCAGUCAAAACUGGUUGGUUUCGAAUACAUCACGGAACCACCUUCAGCAGAAAGUAUCGCUUCGGCCGUGACUGGAGUAGAGCACAGCCACAACUAUGAAGAGUGCGAUCGAUGUGCUGCACGCUUUCAAGUAUUCCCUGAUCGCAAUGACGAGGGUCUGCUCGCUUCUAAUGGUCCAUGCCGGUAUCAUCCAAAUCGAAAGACUUUCCCUCCACGACAAAAGACGGAUCGGGAGACGGGACCGCAACAGGCAUAUUAUCCAUGCUGCAUGCAAAAUGUGGGCGCUGCUGGGUGUACUUCGAAUGACGAUCAUGUUUUUAAGACAACGAGCCCAGGCCGACUUGCAGCUGUCCUGCCAUUUAUCACUACGCCUGAGAACGAUCGUCCCGCCCGAGAUCGAGACGGCAAGACCGUCAAAGCGGUCACAUUCGAUUGUGAAAUGGGCUAUACCGUCUACGGCAUGGAGCUGAUACGCCUGACGGCUGUGAGCUGGCCUGAAAACAAAGACCUGUUGGAUGUUCUCGUGCGGCCUCUCGGCGCCGUCAUCGAUCUCAACAGCCGCUUCUCAGGUGUCUUCUCGGAACACUUCCGCGAUGCGAUUCCCUUUGACGAAUGGAGCGCAUCGUCAGCAGGAAGUCGUAAACCCAACAAACCACCACCCAAGGAUUCCGCCACCACUACCACCACCACUCCAUCCCAACUCCCCAUCGUCGACUGCCCCCAACGCGCCCGAAGCCUCCUUUGUAGCUUCCUCACCCCAAAAACCCCUCUCAUCGGCCACGCCAUCAACAACGACCUCAACGCCGUCCGCCUCUGCCACCCCACCAUCAUCGACACCGUGAUCCUCUACCCCCACCCCCGCGGCCUACCCAUGCGUCUGGGCCUCCGCGCCCUGAGCCACCGCAUGCUCAACCGUGCGAUCCAAACCGGCGGCGCGCAGGGCCACGACUCCCGCGAAGACGCCGUCGCGACGGCCGAUCUCGUCCGCGUGAAAGUCGGAGAGAAGUGGAAGCAGAUGAGGGCUACGGGGUGGAAAUUGGUCGAUGGGGAAAUCGUCCCGCCGCCGCGGAAACCGACGAAUAUGAGGGCGGUGGAGGAACUCAUCGAUGGGAUCGACGAGGCGGAGGACGAUGAGCUGUGA